CCGGCCCGGUAUCCGGGUAAAAUGGCCGCAGUCGGAGAGUGCUCGCUCUCCGUUCCUUGGAAGUCGGUGUCUCUCACUCACGUCGAGUAUCCGGCAGGUGACCUCACUGGCCGUCUCCUUGCCUACGUGAGCCUGGGCCCCAUUUUCAUCAUUGUUGGCUUUGCCACGCUCAUCGUUUUCAAGAGGGAGCUCCACACGAUCUCCUUCUUGGGGGGGCUGCUCCUCAACGAGGGCGUGAAUUGGCUAAUAAAGAAUAUUAUUCGGGAGCCGCGGCCUUGUGCAGAAAUCCACUCAUCGGUGUAUUCGAAGUACGCCAUGCCUUCCAGCCACUCCCAGUUCAUGUGGUUUUUCUCCAUAUACUCGUUUCUCUUCCUCUAUUUCAGAAUGCACCAAACAAACAACGCCAGGUUCCUAGACUUGUUGUGGAGACAUGUUCUAACCCUCCUCCUUCUAACAGUGGCCUUCCUAGUCUCAUACAGCAGGGUCUACCUGAUGUACCACACCUGGAGCCAAGACCAUCAUAGGUCCGUCAGUGUACGGUUGUCCAUCUUCACGCAGGAGAUCUUAACGCCGUUGUUCCCACGGAUAGCUGCGUGGCCAAUAUCAGAGUUCUUCUUAAUCCGAGAUACCAGCCUCAUCCCAAACAUCCUAUGGUUCGAAUACACAGUCACCAGAACAGAAGCAAGGACCCGACAGCGUAAGCUGGGCACGAAGCUCCAGUGAACUUCAGAAGCUCCGGAAGUGGACUGCACGACUCUAUCGACCAGAGCGGGGCCAGACUCGAGACCUGUACAGAGAAGCGGAGGAGGCUUUUAAGAGACGGACCAAAAGGAACAAGCCGGGACCAGGUCCUGAAGACCCAGAGGCCUUGACAACAAGCGGGCUGCUCCUCGCUGCAUGCUGGGGAUUGUACCGGAGCAGAAUCCAUUUAUACUGCAGUUGCACAGUGUUGGUUGGGAUCUGACCCUCUUUUAGGGGCGCAAUCCACCAAGGGAUGUUUCUUGCACAAGCCCCCCCUCCCCCUCCCCCCACAAGCGAACAGGAGAGGGCCACAAGCAUAUUUCUUGUGCUGCUCCCGUUCCUUUCUAAACAAGGGCUUCUGUAAGACCGAACUCUGGUAGGUUGUGCCUGUGAAUGUUGGAAGUCAGGGGAAGGGAAACGGGGGGUCCUGGGGCGGAUAUACCUCGUAGUGUCUUGUGGAUAGGAGGGGAUAAGCAUAUAUAGCUCUGUGACUUUUUAUUAAUUCCCCACCCCCCACCCCCUUUUUGGCAGCAUGAAAUAUACUCACUAUUUAUUAUUUUUUUUUUAAAACGGAACCGUGGGUUGCGAAGGCAGGGAAGGGAUCGCGCUAUUUGGGGAGGCGACGCAUUUUAAUCUCCAGCUGGGUUGGGCGGCCGCAGAGGCCGCGCCAAGAGGCCUUUUUCGUUGAAUUUUCGAUUUUUCCACGACUGUUUGGGACAUCCGGGCCCAUCCUCGCUGCACUUUGUAACAAAAGGACUAAAGUUUGCUUUUAACACUAGCGACACUUCUGCACGCAAAAUGACACAGGAUGGGGUGCACGUUGGGGUGUGUGCGUGUGCGUCAACACAAUGGCCAAACCUGCACUACACUAUCCGUUUUUUUCCUCUUUCGGAGUCUUAUCGAUUUACUGGGGACCCUGCUCUCUCUCUUUUUUGGUUUAAAUUGCGUGCCGAGAACUUGGUCUACAUUCCCAAACCAGAUUCUCUUCCUUUCCCUCUUCUCUCCCCAAUAAUGUCUACUCAAAUUUGAGUAUCAAAUUUUGAGUAUCAAAUUUGUCCCCUCUUCCCCCCCCCCCCCCCCCAAUUAAGCUCUUAUUGCAAAUUUUGUUACCGGUUGUUUUAAAAUGAAAAAAAGAAACCUGAAAAGAAAUCACUGUUAACCUAUGUUCUUAAUGGUUUAGAAAUAGCCCUAAGCUACCCACCCCACCCCACUUUUAAAUACUCAAUAAAAUGUUUUUAUGCUC